AUGGCGCCGUUGCCGGGGAACUUCUUUCUAUUUGGGAAAGUUCAGUUCAGUUUCAUUGCGCGGCCAGAAGUUCAAACCCACAACAGAACAUAUCCUUAUUCUUUAAUUCAAUUGAUACAAGGGAACCUUUUUCAUGGCCUACCAAAUGAAGAUCCCUAUGCACACCUAGCAACAUACAUUGAAAUCAAUAACACUGUGAAGAUUGCUGGAGUACCAAAAGAUGCUAUAAGGCUCAGCUUGUUCUCAUUUUCAUUAGCGGGAGAAGCAAAGAGAUGGUUGCAAUCAUUUAAAGGCAAUAGUUUGAAGACUUGGGAAGAGAUAGUGGAAAAGUUUUUAAAGAAGUACUUUCCUGAGUCUAAAACUGCUGAAGGGAAGGUAACAAUUUCUUCAUUUCAUCAAUUCCCUGAUGAGUCUCUGAGUGAAGCACUUGAGAGGUUCCGUAGCUUGUUACGGAAGACUCCCACACAUAGUUUCUUUGAGCCAAUCCAGCUAAACAUGUUCAUUGAUGGGCUGAGACCGCAAUCUAAACAGUUGAUGGAUGCUUCAGCAGGAGGGAAGAUGAAAUUGAAGACGCUUGAGGAAGCAAUGGAGCUGAUUGAAAACAUGGCUUCUAGUGAUCACACCAUCUUGCGUGAUAGAGUGCAUGUACCCACUAAGAAGAGUUUGUUGGAGUUAUCGUCAAAAGAUGUGUUGUUGGCACAUAAUAAGUUGCUUUCCAAGCAGCUUGAAGUCUUAACUGAAACCCUCAGUAAGUUGCCAACCCAAUUAUUUGCUACUCAACCUUCACUUUCUUCUGUUUUGCAGGUCGUACGUUGUGCUAUUUAUGGCGGAGCUCAUGAAUCAGGCCGUUGUAUCUCCACUGAAGAACACAAUCAUGAAGUCAACUAUAUGGGAAAUCAACAAAGGCAGGGUUACAAUCAAGGUGGAUACUCAGGUUUCCAACAUGGUCCUAAUUAUAAUAAGCAAGGACAAUGGAGAUCUCAUCCCGGCAACCAAUACAACAAAGACCAGGGUGGACCUUCGAACAGGCCACCACAACAAGGGCCAAAUCUUUAUGAGAGGACUACAAAGCUGGAGGAGACUCUCGCUCAAUUUAUGCAAGUCACAAUGUCUAACCACAAGAGCACGAAGUCAGCCAUCAAGAACCUUGAGGUCCAGGUGGGACAGUUAGCUAAGCAAAUUGCGGAGAAGUCAUCAAGCAAUUUUGGGGCAAACACUGAGAAAAUCCACAGAGGAAUGCAAAGCUGUAAUGACCAAAAGCAGGAGGCCUGUGUUAGCUGA